AUGGCUGAACACUUAGCAACGAGAGAGCAGGGCCCGGAGAUUGCUGCCGACACCUUCGACAAUGACUCCGCCCUAUCGAUACCUUUGACCGACGGUCUUACAUCUCUCCGAUCUAGUGUGAUGGCAUACCAGUUCGAGAAUGGCCGCAGUUACCAUUCGCUAAGCUCAGGGACGAAGCAGAGCGUCUUGGUACAGGAUGUUGGGCUAUCGAAUAUGUGCGAGGUAAUCGGUGUUGAUCUCAGCCCCAUCCAACCCUCGCUCGCCCUCGAGCCCGGCGGAUGGUUUGAGAUGCAAGACAUCGUUAUUCCCUACCGCAGCGACGAUGGAACCCUUGAGCCCGACUCUCCCCUCGGACGUCUUGGUGGUCUCUUCCGCGACGCCAGCCACGCCCUUAAGCGCCCCAUGGAUGUCGCAGUCCAGUACAGGGGCAUGAUGGGGAAGGCUGGCUUCACUAAUCUCGUCGAGCGCGAAUUCAAGUGGCCGCUCAACACGUGGCCCAAGGACCGCCGAUACAAAGAGAUUGGUGCCUGGACGUUCCAGAACUACAACCUAGGCCUCGAGGGCUUGACCCUGGCGUUAUUCACAAGGGCGCUGAAUUGGACGUCGGAGGAGACAUUGGCAUACUGCGCGGAAAGUCGGCAUCCUGCCCGUAUUUCUCACGGCGGUGAGCGCGGUGUCAACACUCUUCCGAGGGGGACAGUUAUUGCCUUCAACAAAGAAACACAGGGGCUACGAAUCAUCCGCGACGGCUCCGUCCUGAUUGAAAAUGACCGCAUCACAGGCGUGUUUGAUUCAGUGCCCAGCCACAUCCCGCGGAAAACUGAAAUUGUUGAUAUCGCUGGGAAGAUCAUCACGCCAGGCUUCAUAGACACUCAUCGCCACGGAUGGCAGACGGCUUUCAAAACCAUGGCCUCAAACACGACGCUAAUUGAGUUUUUCGGUCGCUAUAGUUCAUUUGUAGCGCCUUUCUUCUGGAACGCGACCGACGUGUAUGACAGCCAACUUGCCGGUUUGUACGAAGCGCUCAACGCAGGUGUCACAUCUUCGCUCGACCAUGCUACGCAUACGUGGUCCAGGGACGCCGCUGACGCCGGUCUCCAAGCUUGCAUCGACAGCGGUGCCAGAGUCUUCUGGGGCUUUACCUUUGCCAACCUGACCGACUUGAUCACGGUUGAAGAAUUAUACCCCGUCUUUCGAGACAUGGCCGCGAAAUCUGGGUUGAAGAACUCGCCUACCACACUCGGCAUUGCCUAUGAUGGGUGGGGCCCAAAUCCGAAUGUUAGGGAGAUCCAAAAGAUUAUGAACCUAGCCAGUCAGCAACUCCCCGAGGAUAUACACGCGCUCAAUUAUCUCAACAUCUCUACCCCGAUCGUCUUCUCUCAUGCUUCGUUCCUGACCGAGACUGGCGCGGACCUGUUGCGUUCGACCAACCAAUACAUCUCCAUCACACCCGAGUCGGAGAUGCACUACGGCCAGGCGCAUCCGGUUAGCUACUUCAUCCAGGACCAGGCAUCCCUCGGCAUCGACACACACAUCACCUUUAGCACUGAUAUCCUGACGCAAGCCCGCAUCUGGCUCCAGCAGGCACGUUACGAGCGAUAUCUCGACGUGCUCGAGCAAGGCAAGCUACCACGCAGCAACGCCAUGUCGGUCGAACAAGCCUUUUUACUCGCCACACGUAACGGGGCCCUCGCUCUGCGACGCGAUGAUCUCGGGGCCAUCUUUGUCGGCGCCAAGGCUGACUUGCUGAUUUGGGACGGUGACUCCCCAGCUAUGCUUGGCUGGGUUGACCCCGUCGCUGCCAUUAUCCUGCACGCGAGUGUCGGCGACAUUGAGGCGGUACUGGUGGAUGGCAAGUGGGUUAAGCGUGGCGGCAAGCUCGUGGGCCGGGGUUAUCCCGAAGCUCGCGCGCGCUUUUUGCGGUCAGCUCGGCGGCUCCAAGCCGUUUGGCGGAGUCUCCCGUUGCCGGAGCCCCCUGCUGAGUUUAAUGGUAAUCCCGUCAUCGACCCAACCCGGAUGGACGUGCUGCGGGGGCCAGGUGACGGCAGUGGCAACGAGAUCACAGUAUCUGAGAUUUCAAAUCCGCUCGCCUUUGCUAAGCGCCAGGCCGCCAAGGACGCCGCCAAUAAUAACCCCAGUAUUGUUCCCUGA